AUGGGAAAAGUUCACGGCUCUCUUGCUCGUGCCGGCAAAGUCAAAGGCCAAACACCGAAAGUUGAGAAGCAGGAGAAGAAAAAGACCCCCAAGGGCCGCGCAAAGAAGCGCAUCAUCUAUAACCGUCGCUUCGUCAAUGUAACAACACUCCCUGGCGGCAAGCGGAGAAUGUCAGUGCUCAUUUCCGUCUCCCUUGCCUCAUCGGAUGAUACACCAAAAACAAGCAUAGUUCACACUGAACUUAUACUGUUGAAAAACCUACAUCUACGUCUUUCGCUCCUAUCUGAAUCACCCACUUCUUUUUUUAUUCUCGUUCUUGCGUUUGUUGCAAUUUCGCUGACGACGAUUGAUUACACAGGAACCCCAACCCGGAGAAGUAAAAGUCCCCUCUCUAGAGGUCGGCAGGACCUGCAAUCCGCUGACGGGGGUAGCGGCUCAAGUGUGGGGAUGGGUCGUACACGGCGGGCAGUUGGACCUCUCAUGCAUCUACCUACUCAUGCUUUUCCUUCUGUUCCUUUUUCAAUCCAACCCAAGCCAGCUAUGAUCUGUAUAACAAGACUACACGAGCCUUUGCAUCAAUUCUAA